CGGCUGCCAACCUUGUGGACAUCUUUAACCUUAUCCAUCAUCACCCUUCUCUUCCCAAUCAACUCUCUCUUUCUUCCCUAACUCCGAGCCAUGGCCACCGCCAAUGGCACCGGCCAACUAGAAGGAAACAGUCGUGUCGCAGUUCACUCUUUCGAGCCAGACGCUACCCCACAACAAAAGGCUGCGGAUGCUGGAAAGGCCCAAGACAAACUAAAGACCGUAAAGAACACUCAGAAACAGUCCACUGAAAAAGAGGUUGCGAUAGACCGCGGUGGUGCUACAGAUGUAGUACCUACCAUCACUGUUGAAGACGCUGAUUCUUCCUCCAAGAAACUCAAGGUAGAUGGCAACAUUGUCUCCCCCGAGCCGACAUUUCCCGGUGGCCUACCAGCUACUGUGGCGCCCACAAUCCCAGACUGGUAUGUCGUUGGGUGGAGGCAAGCAUCAGGAGUCGACAAGCCGCCGGUAUCAGAAGGAGAGGAACAACACAAGGCGGUCUUGGACCUUUUUUUGUCCGAACAGUUCUAUGGGCAUUGGUAUCACAAUGCUGCUAUCAUUGUCUUCGCCGUUUUUGUUUCCCAUUUCUUCACCCGUUUCCAUUUCGGUUGGGGGUGGCUCUUCAUUUUACUCGCGGUAUGCAAUACCUAUUACGCCACAUCCAUGGAACGCGUUCGCCGUCGUUCACGUGACGAUAUCCAAAGGGAACUCGUGAAAACUCGAUUGGGAUCCGAACACGAGUCAGCCGAAUGGCUCAAUAACUUUCUCGAUCGUUUUUGGCUUAUUUAUGAACCCGUUCUGUCUGCAACCAUCAUUAGCUCGGUUGAUCAGGUGCUGAGUUCUAACACUCCCGCUUUCCUCGAUUCCCUUCGCUUGAGCGAAUUUACCCUGGGUACGAAAGCGCCUCGGAUCGAUCGCGUCCAUACCCAUCCCAGAACUGACGAUGACAUUGUCAUGAUGGAUUGGUCUCUGUCAUUCACACCGAACGAUUUGUCAGAUAUGACACCACGCCAAGCUGCAGCGAAGGUCAACCCAAAGAUUGUUCUAAGCGUUCGAGUCGGAAAAGGUAUAGCAGUAGCGUCGAUGCCAAUCCUGCUUGAGGACAUCACCUUCAGCGGUCUGAUGCGUAUUAGGAUGAAGCUCAUGAGCAAUUUUCCUCACGUCCAAAUUGUGGAUCUGUGUUUCCUGGAAAAGCCGGUCAUCGACUAUGUGCUGAAGCCCAUAGGAGGUGAAACCUUUGGGUUUGACAUCGCGAACAUUCCUGGACUUUCGUCGUUCAUUCGAGACAUGACUCAUGCCAACCUUGCGCCAUUGAUGUACGACCCCAACGUGUUCACGCUUAACCUUGAGCAACUCCUUUCCGGUGCACCCCUCGAUGCAGCAAUUGGUGUCGUACAGAUAUCAGUGCACUCUGCGAGAGGAAUCAAGGGAACCAAGAUUGGCGGAGGUACACCCGAUCCAUAUGUUUCCAUCUCAAUCAACAACCGGGCCGAGUUGGCGGUUACGAAGUACAAACAUAAUACAUAUAACCCCACAUGGAUGGAAACCAAAUUCAUUCUCGUCAAUUCGCUUCAUGAGUCACUCACCUUCAAUUUGUACGACUACAACGAUCAUCGGAAGGAUUCACUUCUCGGUGCUGCCUCGUUCGAGUUGAUCCAACUCCAGGACGAUGCUACGCACGAAAAUGUAGCUUCUCCGCUGCUUUUGGAUGGGAAGGACCGGGGCGAGUUGAGGUACGAUGUAUCGUAUUAUCCAGUAUUGAAGCCAGAAGAUGGAGAAACGGAAACGGUGAUGGACACCUCCGUUGGAAUUGUCCGUUUGACAGUUCAUCAAGCCAAAGAACUUGACUCGUCCAAAAUGCUCUCCGAUGAUCUCAACCCGUUAGCUAAAGUAUUCCUCGCAUCUGACCCUCGUCGAUGCAUCCAUCGCACCAAGACUUUCAAGCAUACGAAGUCGCCCGUUUGGGAGUCAGCUCAUGAAUUCCUUUGUGCCGACAAAAAGUCUUCUGUUGUUACCAUCCAAAUCAUAGAUGAUCGUGAUUUUAUGAAGGAUCCGUGCAUUGGUUAUAUGUCUGUUCGACUCGAGGACCUGUUGUCAUUCAAUUCCAAGAACGCAGGAGGGGAGGCAGAAACUAGAGAUUGGUUCCCGCUAAGUAACUGCAAGACUGGCAAGAUACGCGUCAGUGCCGAGUGGAAACCGUUGAACAUGGCCGGAAGUUUACACGGUGCAGGCGAGUACAAACCUCCUAUCGGCGUCGUUAGAUUAUGGUUAGAUCGGGCAACGGACGUUAAGAAUGUCGAAGCUGCUCUUGGUGGCAAGAGUGAUCCUUACGUGAGGGUUCAAGUCAACAAUGUCACUAAGGGGAAAACAGAGGUCGUCAACAACAAUUUAAACCCUGUGUGGGAUCAAAUCGUUUACAUACCCGUCCAUUCUCUCAAAGAGUCAUUCUUAUUGGAAUGCAUGGAUUAUCAACAUCUCACUCGCGAUCGUUCGCUCGGUUCGGUCGAGCUUCAUCUCAACGAGCUUGCAGAAGCAAAUCCUGCAGACCCCUUGUAUCCAUACAAAUCUCUUGGAGUUAAAGAUGCUCGAGACCCCAUUCAACUGGACAAGGCACACACUAUCAAAGGUCAAUUACAUUACACCGCAGAGUUUAUUCCAGCCCUCAACUUGCGGGGUGUCAAAUUCGAGAACACAGGUGAUAGGUUGGGUGGCGGGGCCAGCUCACCGAGCGAUAGUGAUGAUGCUGGAUCCCUUGUUACGGCCGGAUCUGAUGUAUCAUCGGACCAUGAGGCACAAACCGUUGUUACGAUAAAGCGACAUUCGAAGGGACAGAAGAGUAUUGAUUCCAACUAUAGUGCUGGUCAACCCGGAACAAAUAGUGUGCCUCCGUCGCCUGUGCAAGCAGAGGCAUCGAAACAAGAGGAAACGCAAACAGAGAGUGGCGUGCAGAUGACAACUGAGGAGCUUCUGAAUCAACAAUCCGGUAUCAUCGUACUCAAUGUCAUUUCUGGAGAGUUAGCAAAGAAAAGCCGACUCGAAGUUCUCUUGGACGACGGCUAUUGGCCAUGCUUCAGCACUCAACGCGCAAGUAGUCGUAAAGCUAUGUGGUCGUAUGUCGGCGAAGGUUUCAUCAAAGAGCUGGACUUCGGGAAAGUUUGGCUCAGACUCAACGAGGCUGAAGAGGGGGAGAAGGAUGAUAUCGUGGCUGAGUGGAGGGGUGACGCCAAAGCAUUCCUUCAAGCAACUCUAGAUGGACCGAAGUCCUAUCAGCUCCAAAACGGUGAAGAGAAGAACUUGUCGACAGUCACCGUUGAAGCCCGUUACGUGCCUGUCCCAGUGAAACUUGAGCCACGGGAAAGCAUCAAUAAUCAAGGCUCCCUUCGUGUCACGCUACUAGAAGGCCGUGAUCUCAGAGCUGCGGAUAGGGGUGGAAAAUCCGAUCCUUAUGUGAUCUUCACCCUCAAUGGCGACAAAGUCGCGAAGUCUCAGACUAUCAAGAAAACAAUAAACCCAGUUUGGAACGAGGACUUCGAUAUAUCUGUGCGCUCUCGAGUUGGAUCUCAAUUUGUGGCCGAAGUCUAUGAUUGGGAUCAAGUUGGCCGAGCUGAUCCCUUAGGAGCGGCCAGAAUAGACCUUGAAGAUAUUGAACCUUUCCAGGCCGUAGAACGAUCCCUUCCUCUCGUCCUCGAAAAAGAAGGCGCCAAGGGACACAUACACGUCCGCUUGCUGUUCAAGCCUGAAGUCAUCAUCAAACAACGCACGAAGACUUCAACGUUCUCGACGGCAGGGCGAGCGAUGACCCAGAUCGGUGGGAUGCCCGUGAAUGCGGGUAAAGGCGUUUUCCAUGGUGUUACAGGCGUGUUCAAGGGCCACAAGGACGCUGAGCUAGCACCACCCGUACCUCAAGCGUCCAGUGGACAGGCAUCUCAUCCGAUUGGCACUUCUGGUGUGGUAGAGGCAGGAAGCGAACCCUUCCCAUCGAAUGAUGUACAUGAGAGGAUGAGCACUGGUGGCUCCGCGGCACAUGAGCCCGGGACAUUGAGAGUGACCGUGGUUGACGCGAAAGAUUUCUCCACCGGAGAUGCGAAGCCCUAUGCCACUAUACGGUUAGGCGACAAGGAAUACAAAACAAAACACGCCGGAAAGACGUCACAUCCCGAAUGGAACGAGACGUUCACUUUCAGUGCUAGUACUUUGACGCCGAAGAUUUACGUGUGGCUUCUUGAUCACAGAACGCUUGGCAAAGACAAGCCGUUGGGUGAAGGAGAAGUUGAUAUUUGGCGGCAUAUAUCUGCGGAGACCAUCUCUGCCGCCGAGAUAUGCGUGGAGUUGAACAACGGGUCAGGUUUAGUUAGAUUGAGGGCGGAAUUUGACCCUACAAAACAGUAUCAAUGACAUCGCCCUCCAGGUUCAGUCUGAGAGGUCGUCGUCCCGGAACGAAUGGAGCAGACGACGACGACUGAGCACUGCUGCGGGGUUCUCACAUCUUGUAUGUGUGGAUUUUCCUUUGAGUUCCAUCUUCCAUUCUUCCAAUAUUUGCUACAUGUCUUUCCUUAUGGAACUCUUCACCUCGAUUUGGUAUCUCUCCCUCCCUCUUUUUACUAAAAACUUCAUGAAUGUUCAUGAUCUUCAGUGGAUAAUUUACAACAUUUUCUAGUCAAGCUCUAGUAUACCGUCAUUCCUCUGUUAUUGUAAUUAUAUAAGUGAC